GAUGAGCUAUAUCCGCGAGCUCCUAAAAUAAUGACGUAUUUUCGAAGGGACCGAAGCGCGGGCUCGUAACUCCGCGACGUGUAGUUUUCACGUGCUUUGGGUUUUGCUAUCAGGCAGCAGGAUGAAGUUGGAGCUGUCCCGGGUGGUGCAGGGCUGUCGGUUGGGUGUGCUGACAGGACUCGGCAGGGCAGGACAGCACUCACUGGAGGUGCCGGGCUGCUUGCUGUACACUCGGUGUGGCUCAGUGCCGCACCUCACCCAGGACACUCUGCAUACGCUGAAAAACCUGCCCUCAGUUACACAGCUGACCCUGGACACACUAGCAGAACACCAGGAGGUGUUGGAGGAGUUCAAGGAGGGAGCCGGGAAGUUUGCAGGUCUCCAUGACACAGUGCUCUACUGCUCUCUCCACGACCCCGCAACAUCAAGCCCCACGGGUCACAUCACCAACAAGACGGUUUCCGUGUGGGGAAGUGGUGGCCGCAUCGCGUUGUCUGUGGCCAAGUUCAUGGCGCUCCAGAAAGCUGUCCGGCCAGACCUGUACCACAGCAUGGCGGACGGGGAGACGUGGCCCGGCAACGUAUCUCGCAAGAGGGUCCGCAAGUCUGUGGACCGCACCCUUGCCCAUCUGGAUGAGUGUCUGCUGCUUCACCACAGAACCCAGGAGCUAGCUGGGGUGGAAGUGUUGGGGGUGGUGGAGGGAGGGGAUGUGCUGGAGGAGAGGGUACGGUCGGCCAGGGAGACGGCCAAGCGUCCAGUGGGAGGAUUCUGUCUGGACGGGUUCCAUAGUGCAGCGAUGGACCAGAACCUCCGGACCCAGCUCAUCGCUACCACCGUCAAGGAGUUGCCUGAAGACAAACCCAGGUUGCUGCAGGGCGUGGGCCGACCAGACCAUGUGCUUUCGUGUGUGGAGGUGGGAGUGGACCUGUUCGAGGGCUUCUUCCCCUUCCAGGUCACGGAGCGAGGCUGUGCCCUCAUCUUCGCCUUCGACAUCGCCACCGACCCUGAGGCGGCAGGUACGGGUCCACAGGCCCCGCCCACAGCUCGGUGUGUUCCGGAAGCACCGGUUGACAGCCGAAUAGUUGGGGAGUUGGAUGACGACAAGCCAGAAGCUGAUGUGGUUGAGAAUAAUGGACCUGGUUAUCAAGAGGACCAAACCAAGAUGACUCCAUUUGAGAUCAACCUGAAAGACAAGAGGUACCGAGAUGACUUUGGUCCACUUGUGGAGGGGUGUGGCUGCUACUGCUGUAGGAACCACCAGAGGGCGUACCUACACCACCUGCUUAUGACCAAUGAGCUGCUGGCUGGGGUCCUGCUCAUGCUGCACAACACAGCCCACUACUGUGCAUUCUUCACUGCCCUGAGGGUGGCUCUGGCCAGUGACAGGCUGGAGCACCUCAAGAAGAGAGUACUAAUGGGACAGGCACGGGGCUGAGCAGGGGGCGGGGCUGAGCAGGGGAGGGGGCGGGGAUGAGCAGGCAGAGCUGAGCAGGAAGGAGACGGGGUGGGGCAGGGCUGGAGGAUGGGUGGUUAGGGGCUGAGCUCACAGGGGGCGGGGCUGGAGGACACUCUGUAAGGGUCUGAGCAGGGAAGGGGUGGGGCUGGAGGAUGGGUAUGUCAGUUAAAGGGCUGAGCGGGGAGAGGGACCGGAUGGGGCAAUGGGAGGGUUAUUUGGAACGGCAGAGAUUGGAGGAAUGGAGGGCAUGUACAGCAAUCCAGCAGAAUGUGUGAGGAAAUGUUUCUCUCCUUCCUUGAGGUGGAUCAGUGCGGUUGACAGUUGGUGAAUGGAAAACAAGGUUUUCCUUUAGUUGUCAGAUCAGUUUACUUUCCGCCAGUCAAGAUGCUUUUUAAAUAUUUAUUUUAUAAUAUUGGCUCUGCAACAAUCGUCCAAUGAGGAGGGACCAGCCAAGGAGUUGACUGUGGCAGCGUGGACAGACCAUGGAGCCUUCUCCCAGUGAGAAUGGUCCAGGUCAAUGGACAGGUACUGUCCCUGGGACUGGUACAGUAACGUGGACCAGUGGGACAACAAACAGCCCAAACAGACUUGUGUGGGAGGAGCCAGUAAACCAGUAAACCGGGCCCUGUUUCUCCCUGAAGUACAUGAGAAACACCAGGUGACCUGGGUCUCGUCGCCAGCCUCUCUGCUGCUGUCAGAACUGUUGCCUUUUGCUCUGUUUGUCCUUUCAUUUACAUCUUCCUCAAAUGUCUGUACUGUAAUUCGUAUUUUUCACGCUUGGUUAAGCAUCUGCGAAAAAAUUUAAUGGGAUUUCCUAGUAAUAAUAAUAAAUUAGAUCUGCUUUUUUA